GUGUAUGUAUGUAUGUAACUGACCGUGCGGCGGUGGUCUUUCGAACCUCAGCGCUGGGGAAGGGAGCUGGAGCUGGAAGCCGGCAGCCCCGGGCGCUGCGUUCUGCAUGAAGAAACAGGUCAUCCUACAGUUGCGUCAAUAUAUGCAGCAGUGGAAUGCAUGUUUACAUUUGAGUGUUUGCCCCAUGCUGGCAGAAACAGUGCUUGAAAAAUCAGCUAUUUUGCUUUCUGAAAAUUGUAAAACUUGUAAAGAGAAAAGCACAGCAGACACCUAAAAUGAAGGUUCAGUGAUAUACACUUUGUAUUAAGGAAAAAAGCAGAUAUAAAAUGAGCUGGGUUGUAGAGGAGUGGAAAGAAGGCCUUUCCCCAAGGGCCCUUCAGAAGAUUCAAGAGCUUGAAAGUCAACUAGACAAGCUGAAAAAAGAACGACAGCAAAGACAGUUUCAGCUUGAAUCACUGGAAGCAGCUUUGCAAAAGCAAAAGCAGAAGGUUGAAAAUGAAAAAAAUGAAGGCGCAACACUAAAAAGAGAAAACCAGAGCUUGAUGGAAUUGUGUGAUAAUCUUGAGAAAACAAAGCAGAAAAUUUCACAUGAUCUUCAAGUAAAAGAAUCACAAGUUAAUUAUCAAGCGGGACAACUAACUUCAAGCAAGAAACAAAUUGAAAGACUAGAACAGGAACUUAAAAGGUACAAAUCUGAACUUGAGAGAAGUCAGCAAACAUUGAUUACAGGAGACUUAUCACUCAGUAGUACACCACAGAAGAACUUUACUGCUCCUUUAACACCAAAUCAAAAUCACAAUGAUUCUAAAUUUGAAGAACUCCAAGAAAAAUACAGUAAAGAAGUUGAAGAAAGAAAAAGGCUGGAGGCAGAACUGAGAAAUAUCCAGGUUAAAAAAAUAAAUCAUUCUCAUCCUCAGAGUACUAAGAGUCACAGAGAGAUUGCUCGGCAUCAGGCUUCUUCAACAGUGUUCUCAUGGCAACAAGAAAAGACAUCAAACUGUCCUUCAUCCAGCAAUCAAGAAACGCCUUUAAAGAGAGGUUUUACUUCAUCCCAUUUUCCAUGGGAACAAGAAGCAACUCCUAGCCACAGUGGCUUAAGAUCAAAGAAGACAGAUUUCAACAACAGUUUCUCUGACAAUUUUGGUAAUUCUUCUGGCAUUGAGCAAUUAAAAACACAGAACCAAGAAUUACGCUCCAGAGUUGAAGAACUAGAGCAUCAGCUACAAGAUCAAGAAAAAGAAAAGAAAUUCCAUAUGAACAAACUUCAAGAAACUCAACUCCAGCUGGAGAAAACAAAACUGGAAUUCACAGAAAAAGAUUCUGUUUUGCACAAAAUUAGAGAUGAAUUGAAUAGAAUGACAGCACAAUGUGAUCAAACUGCUGCCCAGUAUGAAAUGGUGGAGCAAAAGAUGAAAAAACUGUCAGAAGAACUGAAUUGUCAAAGACAAAAUGCUGAAAGUGCUCUUCGCUCAUUAGAACAGAAAGUAAAAGAAAAGGAAAAGGAAUAUCAAAAGGAACUGUUUCGUCAGCAACAUUCCUUACAGACAGCGGAUCAGCAGUGCAACCAGAUAAAAGCCAAAUUAAACCAGGACGUGCAACAAGCCAAGAAUGACUACAAUGCUGUACGGGCAGAACUCGACAAAGCAGUAGCAGUGAAACAACAUUUGGAAAAUGACUCCAGUGAGCUUAAACAGAAGCUGUGCAGAGCAGAACAGGCUUUACUAGCAAAUCAGUCAAAGGAAAAUGACUUGAGGAGAAACUUUGAGGAAAUGAAGAAAGAAAAAAACCUUCUUUGCUGCCAGUCUGAUCAAAAAUCACGAGAAAUCCAUCAGCUGGAAGAAGAACUAAAAACAGCCAAACAGUUUCUAAAGGAGACCCAGAAUUAUGCGGAGGAGAUGAAAAAUAAGAGUUUGUCUCAGGAAGAAAACCUAAAGAUACUCCAAGAGAAACUCAAACAACAAGAUGCCUCUCUCACUUUGGAGAAAUUGAAAUUAUCUAUAGCUGAUCUGGAAAAGCAACGAGACUCCAUUCAGCAUCUGCUGAAGCAAAGAGAAAACCAUACUGAGGAACUAAACAGUAAGAUAAGUAAAAUGGAGAAGGAAUCAGAAGCCUUGCUGAAAGUCCUCAGAUUAAAGGAGAGAGAAUGUGAAGAACUAAAAAAGGAGUUUACUAUUCUUUUUCAAUGGAAAAAUGAAAAUGAACAACUUGUGAAUAAACUUGAGUCCGAAAAGGAAGAAUUGCUGAGCAAAAUUAAUGACUUGGAGAGUUCUCUCAAGAUUCAACAAGUUAAAAGUAAUGAAAAUAGUGAGACUGUUCGAAUAAUGGUAAAUGAGAAGGAAUUAUAUUGUUUGGAGAUUAAAAAUCUCAGAGACAUGGUGGAAUAUAAAAGUGCAAAACUAGAGACACAGAAAAAAGCUUAUGAUGAACUUCAACAGGAAGCGGAAUGUUCAGAUCAAAAAUAUAGGAAAGAAAUAGAAAAUAUGACUUGGAAAAUAUCUCAGUUCACCAUCCAAGUUGAAAUUCUAGAACAAAAACUACAGUUAGCAGCAAAUGCAGUACAGGAGAAGGAUCAAUGUUAUCAUGAGUUGCAUGGUGAACAUGAGAAAAUUUGCUGUCUUGUAAAAUCAAAAGAGAUUUCUGAAGUAAGAGAAGAUAGAGAAUUUCAUUUACAGAAUAAUCAUUGCAAGAUUGAUGACCAACAACUUCCAGUGAAAAAUUGCAUCACAGAUAUAUUAAUGAGAGAACCUGGAACAGUCACUGAGGAUUGGGAAGAUCAUUGUGCAAAACCUGUCCUAGAAACAGAUAAAAAUGAUCAACAAGAUAUGUCAGUCCUACAAGAUCAGGUCUCUUCUCCUGAGAUUUCAUUAAUGGCUCAAUCGCAGUUUAAGUCACAUUUGCAGAAACCCUUUGAAAAGUUGGUUCAAAUCAAAGUCGAGACAGAAAAAAAGCUAAUUGAAGCAGAACAGAUGCAUGAAAGUUUUGUGACAGAGACUAAAAACCAUAUCAGUAACUUGCAAGGGGAUACUUCUGCUCAGCAGGAUUGUGUUGAUAAAACAUUAGCUGCCCUUGAGGAAAAGGAAAAGCAACUGCAAACUUUGAACAAAGAAUUAGAAACUCAACAAGCAGAGAUUCGGGAUUUAAAAAGCAAUAAUAAAUUGCUUGAGGAUUCAGUAAAGCAGCUACAACUUGUGCUUGAUACGUGGAAUUUAGAGAAAAAAGACAUGUCUACAAUGCUUUCCUUACAUGAAAAAGAAAUUGAGGACCUUACUGAAGAAAACGUAACCCUUAAGGGCAUUAACAAGGCUUUAGAACAAGAAAAAGUAGACUUACUAGAAACAAACAUAAUUUUUUCUAAUAGAUUAAAGGAAAGAGAGGAGAGCAUUUCUGAGUUGUCCAGAAGACAUAAGGAGGAAAGACUGUCACUCAUAGAAGGAUAUGAAGAAAUUGAAAAAGAACUUGUAGAUCUACAAGGAAAAUACAAAUCAAUGGAAGAAAAAAGUACCAACAUGGAAGGCAUUUUAAGACAGCAAAAAAGUCACUUUCAGAAGAGUAAAGCAAAAUCAGAACGACAAGAGAAACAACUUAGGGAUGAGCAUAAUGAAUUCUUCUCUAAACUAGUGUCCUUAGAGGGAAAAAAUAAAGAUUUGAUUCAAGAACUUGAGAAAGUACAGUCAGAAUUGCAAUUUAAACAAUCUGAGAUUGCUCAUAUCCAAAAUGUAUCUUCAGCUGAGCUGGAUUGUUUAAGACAGGAAAUGUUAAAUGUCAGGGCAGAACAAAACAAAAUGCAAGAACAACAUAACAUCUUGCUUCAAGAAAAUGAGCAACUGAGCAAGGUAAUGAAAACAGAGACUGAAUGUGUAACAUGUGACUUAGUUCAUGACAGAGGGCCUACAUCAGAACAGUUAAGAGUGUCCAUGGAAGAAAAAGAGAAUGAGCUGAAUAAAUAUCAAGUUAAACUUGAGCUACUUCAGAUGGAUCUUGAGGACAGAGAAGUCUCUGUAGAAAACUACAGCACACAGGUAAUACAGUUGGAGGCUGCUUUAAAAAGGGUGGAAAGAAAACUUGAGGAAAGUGAAAAGGAAAAAGAGAGGUUGCAGCAAGAAUUACAAACUAUUAAAGAGGAUUUGGAAACUCCAGAUCCUAAGCUUAUAAUAAUGGAUAAGAAUGACCAAACAAUGGAGUCUGUUGUUGAUUCUGUUUCCGAGGUCAGCUCUAAAAGAGCAAUAGAUGAGCGGUAUUCUUUAGUUCCUCAUGAGCUGACGCCAAGCCAGAAUGAUGAUGUCCAGCUGAUAUCCUCUUUACAGAUGACAGUGAACAGACUAAAUGAAUUGGAGAAAAUGUGUGAAAUUUUGCAGAUUGAAAAGUUAGCAUUAACAUCUGAGCUUAAUGACUCAAAAACUGAAUGCACCACUACUGAUAAAAUGACAGAAGAGGUAAUAAAAGUAGUGAGUGAAGUUAAAAUAUUAAAAGAUGAAAAAGCUAUUUUUCCUGAUGAAUUAAUGGAUCAGAGUGUUGAAAAUGAAGUGGGAAUACACUUUGAUAAUGAGCAAAUGUCUUUCAAAUCCCUGGAAUGUAGUGCUGAACCUAACUAUAGCUAUGAAGAUUUAAAACUGUCCAACAAAGAAGUUAAAAUGCGCUUUGCUGAGGUAAAAGAGAAAAUUUUCUCUUUACAAAAAGAGCAUAAAAUCUUACAUGAGCAACACUGUAGUAUGCUCUUCAAAGUGUCUGAGCUACAGUCCUGUAUUGAAACUCUUAAGGCAGAAAAUUCUGCAUUGUCAACAAGUCUGAAUAAAGUUAGCGCUGAUUCAGUGGAAGUGCAGGUGACUUCUCGCCAAAAAGAUGGAGAAUUUAAAUUAGAGGAAACCAAGUCCACAUUUUCUCCAUCAUGUCUUAAUGAGAUGCCAUAUUUUGCAGAAGCAAAUCUUUUGGAAUUGUCCUUUGACAAUGAUCUGUGGAAAUGGAGAGAAAAAAGUAUGCGGCUGAAUAUUUCUCAAGAAUCUGUUCUAGGAGAUACAACAGAAAUUAGUUUAGUAGAAGAGCCCCAAAAUGAUCAGGCAUUGGACUUCAUUGCAAAGAGAGAGAGCAUUAUACAAAGAAAAUCUAAUCUUGAGAGUAAUAUUAAAGAACUUCAGAUAUUAUGUCAGACAUACGAAAAGUCCAUCAAGAGAUUUGAAGAGCAAUUCCAGUCUCGUGAAAAUAUGAAAAAUGAGAUACAAGAGCUAAAACAACUAAUUAUUUCUGAAAGGAAAGAAUUGGAUGAUCUCAGAAAGCAAAAUGUAUCUGACAAUGAACAGUGGCAACAAAAACUGAGUAAUGUGACCAUGGAAAUGGAAUAUAAGCUGGCAGCAGAGAAGAAACAGGUUGAACACUUGUCUCUGGAGCUAGAAGUAGCAAGACUCCAGCUGCAAGGCCUUGAUUUAAGUUCACGUUCCCUGCUAUGCACAGAUGUUGAAGAUACUUCUCUUACUGCACAAGAAAAUAAUGGCAUGUAUCAGUUGCAAGUGCAUAGUUUACCUAAUGAAAACUUGGCUCCCAAGCGAGAGAAAUCUGAGAUAAAACUAUGUGAACAAAUUACUAUAGAAGAAAACUCUGAAUGUGAAAAUGUAGCUGAGGUCACAGAAGCAAGAUCUGCAGAAGAAUGUCCAGCAAAACUGAUGUCAGAGACUGAAUAUAGAAAUACAUUGGAGAAAAAGAUAGACUGCCACAAUGAAUUGUCAUUUUCCAAUAACAGCAUCUCUACAACGCCUCUGGAUUUCAUGGAAAAUCAAGUAACAGAUGAAACUCUUCAGCUACAGAUUAACAAGACAUCUAGUGAAGACCUGAAGCUACUCCUUGGCAUAGAGGAAAGCAAUACAAAAGUUGAUGCUCUUCUCAUAGAAAUCAAAGAAUUAAACUCAAGGUUGGAUUUGCAGCAUACAGAACUAACUGCAAAGAUAACUGCUUAUGCAGAAUUAGAAAAAACAGUUCUAGUACUUAAAAAAGAAAACUCAAACUUAAAUGAGAAACUUGAAUCUGUUUCUUUUGAUAAGCAGCAGAUAUCUUACAAAAUUAUGAUUCUAGAAAAAGAACUUGACAAGGCAAAGUCUGACCUGGAUGUGUACAAAGUUAGAUUAUCUGAUGUAACAGAUAUGCUGGAGGACUUGGAAGUGACCAAAGGAGUCUGGCACGAGAAGUUCCUCGUAACUGAAAACGAACUGAGGAGGACAAAAUCUGAGAAAGAGAACGUUGAGAACCAUGCCCUAUCCAUAGAAGGUGACAUAGAGGAACUUCAGAGAAAAAAUCAGAAGUUAGAAAAAGACAUUGAAAAUAAACUGAAAACUGUUUCAACUCUUCAAGAACAACUUGCUGUAAUCAUAAUGGAGAGGAACCAACUCAGUCAAGAACUGAGUAUUUUGUCAGAGAAAAAAGAGGAAUUGGAUCAACUGUAUCAGAAACUGCAGGAGAAAAUAAAAGAACUAGAGUCAAACAAAGUGGAUGCUACUGAAUUUAUUGGGAUAUUAGAGGCUGAAGCUAAGACACAAACCAAACUGCUUCAGACCACAAAAUCUGAUGUAGAUCAUUUAUUAAGGGAAAAAGACUAUCUUGUGCAGCAGUUGCAGAAUGUGGAGAAGGAAGCAGAGAUUCUGACAUUAGAAAAAGAAAAGUUUCAAAACCAGAUGCAGGAUCUGGAGGAGGAAAAAAAAUUGAUUCUAAGGGAGUCUGAAAUGUUGCAGACUAAGUUAAGUGAAUCAGAAAUGGAAAGCUCUAAGCUUUCCAAAACUUUGGAAGGCUCAUUAAUUGAAAAAGGCGAACUUGCUGCUAGACUGAACUCAACACAAGAAGAGGUGGAUCAGCUGCGGUAUGGAAUUGAGAAGUUGAAAAUAAAAAUAGAAUCAGAUGAGAAGAAAAAGCACCGCACAGUUGAAAAACUGAAAGAGAGUGAACGGAAAGCAGAUUUUCUUCAGGACAAAAUUGAGAAGCUUGAAAGAGAAUUGCAGAUGUCAGAAGAAAAUCUAGAAGAUGCAAUUCUUCAGGCAGAGACUGCUAAAACAGAGGCAGAAACAUUAAAAACUGAGAUGGAAGAGAUGGCAGAAAGGGUGAAAAGUUUAGAAUUCGCAGUUAAUGCCUUCAGGUCAGAAAAAGAAGGUUUGAAUAAAGAACUACAGGAGAAGCAAGAAAAGAUAUCUGAAUUAGAAUCUUCUAACGCUGAUGUUGUAAGACUGUUGGAAGAAAAGGAGAAAGAAAAUAUGCAAAUUAAAGAAGAGUCUGAAAAUGUCACGGUAUUGAUAAAAUCUCAGCUGAAAAAUGCAAGUGAGGAAAUAAAGCUUUUUUUCAAUGAGCUAGAAAUUUGUAAGGCAAAAGAACAAGACUUAAUUCAUCAAGUGGGUUGUCUUGAACACGAUAAAACACAACUGUUACUGGAUCUUCAGGAAGCAAGAAACAUCAGUACCAAACUAGAACAAUCACUAGGAGCACUUGUACAGGAACUUGCAGACUGUAAACAAACCCGGGACGAGACGAUCCAAGAAAAUGGUGCACUACAAAAGAUUAAAGAUGUAGAGCAGCUCUCUGUACAGCUGUCACAUGCGGAAAGUGAACAUAAAUGCUGGAUGCAGGAAAAAGAAGGGCUGCAGAAUAUGAUAGCUGAAUUGAAGCAGAAGGUUCAACAGCUAUCUAAUAAUGAAAUUUUGAAGGCUACCCUAGAAAAUCUAAAAGCAUCCCCUAAAGAUCUUGAGAAGGAGUCCACACAGUCUGAAAAAUCUGCUCUUGUUGAAAAGAUUCAACUGGAUCUAACUACUUCAGGAAAAAAUGAACCAAAUAAGAGUUUGGAUGGGGUUCAGAAAGAGCUGGAGAAAAAGGAGAGAGAAAUGAAAAAAGAAAUCUCAGAAUAUCAAAGCAGAUUUCAUCAAAUAGAGAAAAACCAUCAGGCUCUUCUGGCAGAAGCAAACAGAAAGAAUGAAGUAGAAAUUCAGGCCUGUCAAGAGAAAUUGAAUUCAUUGGAGCAGUGUCUGGGUGAACAAAAGUUGGAAAUGGAGCUCUUGAAGUCAAGUAAAGAACAAUUAAAUAAUUCUCUGAAAGAUGCUAACCAGACAAUAGAAGAACUUAAGAAAGUUCAGGUGGACAAUCUGAAGCAUAUAGUUCAACUGAAGAAGCAAAAUGCAUUUGCUCGUAGAAAAAUGGAGAUGUCGAUGAAAUCCUGUAAGCAGCUAGAGAAGGAAAAAGAAAUGUUGCAGAAACAAAUUGCUGAACAUGAUGCUCUAUUAAAGAAGCAAAAGCCAAGUGCUGAUGAGGUUUCCAGUGCAGAAGAAAUGAGGUUGAAGCUGGAAGAACUAAAGGAAUCUGUAGAAGAGAAAACCAAGGAAGCAGAAGAGAACCUGGAAAAGUACUGCACUCUGAUUAUUAAUUACUAUAAACUAGAGGAAGCAAAUGAGAUGUUAAAAAUACAGGUCUCUCUGUUGAAUGCUCUGCUGAAACAGCCAGCAAAUGCUGUUAAUUCUCUUUCACAAAAUUCAGAUAAUCCAGUAACACUUAACAAUCAGUCAGUUACAGAGAAGAGGUCAAAUGAAGAUCCUACUAAGCUUUCAGGUAAAAGACAAAGAUGCCAAGAAACCAAGGAAGUUGAUGGGGAACCAAAAUCCCCUAUACCAGAGACUUUAUCUAAAAAAAUUAAAAAGGGAGCCAUCUACCAACAUUCACUGACCCAUGAGAAUAAGGAGUAUGAGCCAGACGGACUCCCAGAGACGGUCAAAAAAGGGUUUGCUGAUAUUCCUAUUGAGAAAAUCAGCCCUUAUGUUUUGCGUAGAACAACUCUAAACCUAAGGACCAGUCCCCAUCUUGCUGCCCAAAGCCAAAGAUUGUCACCAUGUGCCCAAAGUUUACAAAAAGGCAGGUCAGAUAACCUUGCGGAGAUCUCUAAACUGACAGCUGGUGGCAGCAAAUCACCAAAGGAGAAUGAUACUCAACAGUGCCAAGCAGAAACAACUAUUGAACCCAUGGAAUCUCUUUCAAGAUCUCCUCUUCGCAUGAAUAAGCAACUCCCAAAAGCUGUUGCUGAGACCUGUAGGGAGAAUCUUAACACACACAAAGGCAGAUGUUCCUUCAGCAGAAAAACAUUACCUGAUCAAAAUGAACAAGAAGAAAACUGUAUGGUGCAGUAAACCUGCAGUUAUCACUUCAGAUCAAAAUAACCGUUGGAAGAUAAAUAGUUUUCAUGACUAGGUAUGAAAACUAUAUGCCUACUAUUUUUUGUCAAACUAAUUUGUAUAAUUCUUGGAACACUAAAUUAUUUUUACAGAUCUUGUUAAACACUUACUGAAACCUAUAUCAGUAAAGCUAUGUUGAAAGAAUAGACAUCCAUUUUUAUUUCUCAAUAUGUUGGUUAUAUAGGUGAUCGUUGUACAGGGUUCUGUAAAUAAUUCUAUAGAAACUUGUUUGAAAUAGAGUUUAAUAGAAAUGCAGUUAAAUACCAAACCACACAUUACAUUAGCAGUAUUCUUUCUAUAUAUAGAUGUUUCAUUAAAUUUCCAAAACACA